CAAAUGGCACGCAUCCCACACAUGGCAUCCUUCUUUCUCUUUCUGACUAAGCUCAGCAUUGGCCAGAGAGAAGUAACAGUUCAGAAAGGACCACUGUUUAGAGCUGAAGGUUACCCUGUCAGCAUUGGCUGUAAUGUAACUGGCCACCAGGGCCCUUCUGAGCAGCACUUCCAGUGGUCUAUUUACCUGCCGACAGCCCCAGAACAGGAAGUCCAGAUUGUUAGCACCAAGGAUGGAAGCUUCUCCUAUGCAUUAUAUACACGGCGGGUGCGAAGCCGGGAAAUCUAUGUGGAGAGGGUCCAGGGCAACUCAGUCUUUUUGCACAUCUCAAAACUUAAGAUGGCGGAUGCUGGCGAAUAUGAGUGUCACACACCUAACACUGAUGGAAAAUACUUUGGAAGUUACAGUGCAAAGACAAAUCUAACCGAUUUCAUGUUGAUCCCUGGACCCUCCUACACAGAGAGGUUUAUAGCAGGUGAAGUGCGGCUUGACAAGCUUGGGGUCACCACCUUCAGACUGUCCAUAGGGAGACUGAAGCCCUCAGAUCAAGGCCAGCUGUUCUGUGAGGCAAUUGAAUGGAUUCAGGAUCCAGAUGAAACCUGGACUUUUAUCACUAAAAAGCAAACAGAUCAAACAACCCUGAAGGUCCAGCCUGAAGUGAGAGAUUUUCAAGUCACCAUGACAGCUGAGAGCACAUUUGCUGAAGGAAAACCCUUAGAACUGGUGUGCCUGGUGGUGGGAAGUGGCCGGGACCCCCAGCUUCAGGGCACUUGGUUCUUUAAUGAUAUUGAAAUUGCCAGCAUUGAUGCUGGUGGGGUACUGGGCCUGAAGAAGGACUACAAAGAAAGAAUGAGCCAAGGACAGCUGCAGGUUUCAAAGUUAAGCGCCAAGGCUUUCUCUCUCAAGAUCUUCUCUGUGGGCCCAGAGGAUGAAGGCACUUACAAAUGUGUAGUGGCGGAGGUGGAAAGAGCUCAGAUGGGCUCUUGGCAGGUGCUACAGAGGAAGCAGUCACCAGACAGCCAUGUGCAACUGAGGAAACCUGCAGCCAGAAGUGUGGGCCUGUCCACCAAGAACAAGCAGCAGGCAGUAUGGGAAGGAGAAGCGCUAACCCUCCUCUGCAAGGCUGGCGGAGAUGAAAGUCCUCUGUCAGUGAGCUGGUGGCACUUCCCACUGGACCAGACACAGCCAGAGUUCGUGGCUGGCAUGGGGCGGGAUGGCACCAUGCAGUUGAGUCCCUCCUAUGGGGGAACCAGUAACUAUGGCAACAUAAGGUUGGAGAAGGUGGACUGGGCUACCUUCCAGCUGGAUAUCACCUCCACUGCCAUCACUGACAGUGGGACUUAUGAGUGCAGAGUGUCUGAGAAGACUCAGAACCAGGCCAGAGAUCUGAGCUGGACUCAGAAGAUUUUGGUCACUGUAAAACCUUUAGAAUCAAGUUUACAAGUUAGUCUGAUGAGCCGUCAGCCACAAGUGAAAUUAACUGACACCUUUGACCUGUCCUGCAUAGUGAGUGCCGACUACUCUGAUCUCAAGGUACCACUCACGGUGACAUGGCAGUUCCAGCCAGCCAGGUCUCAAGUCUUUUAUCAGCUUAUUCAAAUCACCCAUAAUGGUACCAUUGAAUGGGGGAAUUUCCUCUCCCAGUUCCAAAAGAAGACAAAGGUUUCACAGUCUCCGUUUCGUUCUCAACUCCUCAUCCAUGAUGCCACAGAGGAAGAGUCAGGAGUCUACCAGUGUAAAGUGGAAGUUUAUGACAGAAAUUCUCUACAAACAAACAGCCCUGUGAAGGCUACUAUUGUCUCUCACCCACUGAGGAUAGCCAUUACUUUACCAAAGAGCAAGCUAAACGUGAAUUCAAGCAGUCAAAUCCAAGAGAUCUCCAUCAACUCCAACACUGAGAUAGAAUGCAGCAUCUUGUCCCGGUCCACAGGAAACCUUCAGUUAGUGAUUAUUUGGUACUUUUCCCCCAUUACUACUAGUGCAACCUGGCUGAAGAUCCUGGAAAUGGACCAAACCAAUGUCAUAAAAUAUGGGGAUGAAUUUCACACCCCAAAGAGAAAACAAAAAUUUCACACUGAGAAAGUUUCCCAGGACUUGUUUCAGCUGCACAUUCUGAAUGUGGAUGCUGGAGAUCAGGGCAGAUACCACUGCACUGUGGAGGAAUGGCUCUUGUUGACUAACGGCACUUGGCACAAGCUUGGAGGAAAGAAGUCAGGACCAACGGAACUGAAACUCAACCCCACAGGAAAUAAGGUGUGUGUCUCCAAAGUGGCCUGGACGGGAAAUGCUACUGAGCAUGGGGAGGUGGCCAUCCACUGCAGCCUGGAGAGUUCAGGCAGCUCAACCUCCCUGUUCUCAGUCAUGUGGUACUGGAACAGUUCUGAGAGUUCUGAGAGUAAAAUGCUGGUGCACCUGCAGCAUGAUGGCUUGCUGGAGUACGGUGAAGAGGGGCUGAGAAAGCACCUGCACUGUUACCGGUCAUCCCCUACAGACUUCGUCCUGAAACUCCAUCGGGUAGAGAUGAAAGAUGCUGGAAAGUACUGGUGCACGGUGGCAGAAUGGCAGCUACUUGAAAACCCAAGCAAGUGGGUCAUGCAAGCAACAGAUAAAUCAGAGGAGCUGGUGCUCAAGGUGCUGCCUUCAGAGCCCACAUUUCCUUCCAGGAUCUGCUCAUCAGCACCUUUACUCUACUUCCUGUUCAUCUGCCCCUUUGUUAUGUUCACUCUUCUGCUUAUUUCCUUCCUGUGCUUAUACUGGAAGACCAGGAAGUUAUCAAUACUGAGUUUAAAUGCACUUAACAAAAAGGCUCUCUGGGUGGACUUGAAAGGGGCCGCAGAGAGAAAAGAAGAGGAAGAGGAAGAGGAAGUCAAUUAA